AUGGAGGCCAUCCCCUUGAGGCUGGUCGCCGCGGCGGCCCUGCUGGCCGCCUUUGUCGCCGGUCUUGCGAGCAGAUGGCGGCGUCGGGCCAAGUACGACCUGCACCGCAUCCCCGGCCCGUCCGCCUACCCGAUCGUCGGCAACCUGCCUCAGAUGUUCUCAUGGAAGGCCCCUCGGCCGCACCUGAAGGUCCUGGAGUGGAUGAAGGAGUACGGGAAUAUCGUCAAGGUUUCUCUUCCCGGCGUGGGGGGCUAUCACCUGUUUGUAGGCGAUCCUGAGUACCUCCAGAACAACGUCACGGGGUAUGGUGGCAACGGCAUGCCCAAGUCGCCGUUCUACAAGGAGCUGCAUAAGAUUCUGUCUCCGGUGCCCGGCAGCAGCAUCUUCACCAGCCCCGAGCAAGACGACCACUGGAAGUCGGUGAGGAAGGGGGUGGCCAAGGCGUUCAGCACGGCGGCCCUCAAAGACGCGUUCCCCAGACUCGUCAAGAAGGCCGACGAGCUGGUCCGCUUGAUAAGAACGCACCCGUCCGCAGAGCCCAUUGAAGUGGAGCGCCUGAUGCUGAGGUACAUGUUCGACGCCCUCGGCGUGGUGGGCUACGACAUUGACUUCAAGUCCCUGAAGGACGACCGCCACCCCGGCCUGCAGGCGCUCGAGUACUGCAGCACGGACGUUAUGGCCAGCGCGACGAACCCGUUUCGCCGCCUGGUCAAGUGGGCUUUCCCCACUUGCAAGCUCGCCCGAGAUUGCAGAAGAAUGUACGCCCAGAUUUACGCGCACUACGACCGGAUGCUGGCGGAGCUGAAAGCAAGGGGCACGCCAGCAGCGGAUGACAUGUCCAUUGGGGCGUGUCUGAUGCGGCUCAAGAACCCUGAGACUGGAGCGCCGCUCGACGAAGCGCGCCUCCUGCAGGAAAUCGCGACGUUCGUCGUGGGGGGCACCGACACGACCACCCACCAGAUAGUGUGGGUCCUGCUCGCGAUCGCCGCGCACCCGGACGUCCAGCAGGGCGUCGUGGACGAGCUGAAGGCCAGCGGGGUGUUCGCGCGCAUCAGGAAAGGGGGCGUGGGCCGACUUUCCUACUCCGACGUCAUGGGGCUCAGCUACUUGGGCAUGGCGGUGAAGGAAGCGAUGCGGAUGUUCCCCGCGGUGGUCGCCAACGUCAUCAGGAGCGUCCCGAGCGACAGUGUGCGCGUGUGCGGCUACCGCGUUCCAAAAAACACGGUCAUCAACAUCUGCCCGUACGCCUUGAACCGCGUGCCCUGGCUGUGGGACGACCCCGAGGUGUACGACCCGGAGAGGUGGCGCAAGGCCGCGACGGUGGAAGAGUCGCGGGACGGGACCGCGCCCGGGAAAGGCGCCGCAACGGGUGGCGGAUGGGCCUUCAGCGACGGCCCCAGGAGCUGCAUCGCCCAGAGGAUGGCCUUAAUGCAGAUGCACCUGGCUGCGGCGUUCCUUGUGGCCAACUUCAACAUCAGGUAG